AGGAAUGCUUUGAAGGAACACAAACCGCACUGGAUCGAAAGGAUUACGAGCAGGCUGCCGUGUAUCUGCACAGAUACCUGAGUUUGAGCACAGACGCCAUUGCAGCCAACCCGGACCGGCAGCUGGACCGCGCCCGCGUGCAUUUGCUCGAGCACUUGCGGCAGCAGUGCUCUGAUGCCAGGCAGAACGACGACGAGGCAGAAUUCAAGAAGUGGCUGAAGUACUUCCCAAUGAUUCACGCACACGACGAAGGACUGCAGCAAGUGAAGGAGUUUCUCCAGCAGAGGAUAUCCACGCAGCCAGCGGCAGCGAGUGAGGAGGAGACUGACACAGAGAGCGACACGCAGUUUGUGAACCGGAUCAAGCGGCUGCUGAACAGGGUCGCUGAGGAGAUUGAGGGCUUUCUCGCGAGCAUCGACACACACUUUGGCCCCGGCUACACGUUCCAGCUGCUGUCGGAGCUGCAGCUGUCCAUCGACGCGUGCGCACUGGCGAUUGUCGACGAGUUUGUCAGCUACCGGCAGCUGGAGGAAAAGGCCCAAACGGCGGAGGAAGACGUUGAUCCGCAGUUGGUUGACACGAUAGCAUCUGAGCUGGCGUUUGUCAUCCAGCCCCUCGCCCUCUUCAUGCGAUUCGUCGACCUGCGAGCAGAGACGGACGUGCAGGCGUACAUGGAGGCAGAGAGCAAAGGAGAGGCGACCGCGCGGUUUCCGGACGGAAGUGCCAGUGCCGGAAACAUUCGCCGCUCCAGCAAAUUGAGUCGUCGCACAGAUGAACUAAACGCAUUCUAUGUCGUCCUCGAACAGAAGUUCCUUAAGAGCAGCGUCAACAUGGCGCUGUGUGAGGAUGAGCUCGACACGUCCCAGGAGUUUCCAAUCACAAAAGCCGUCGAAGACGUUCUCUUCAUCUGUCAAAAGUGCACCAGGCGCGCGUUCUUGACUGUGAGUGAAGUCACCACAAGUUCAACCCUCAACCAUGUUGGCACGUGCAUGAUUGAGGACCUGCUCUCCUAUCUUGAACAGCGAAUGCUCAACGCCGCAAACAAGAAGGUGGAUGCCAAGUCGUGGCAGGGCCAGCUCCAGCGCGGCCUCUCGUUGGCCACGCGCGGGGCGGCCGGCGACGAUGGCGAGGACGAACACAACAUCGCCGCCCUCCCACGACACGUUUGGGUGAAUGAUCUGCAGCUGUUCCUCGAACUCGUCCCAAAGUACAAAUCCGCGACCGCCGCGGCAAAUGAGCGGCUGGCGACGCGAUGGAGCUCACAGGAGCACAACAAGCUGAUGACGGUGAUUGAGAACAACGUGCAGGAGGCUGUUGAAGUGGCACAGCGCUAUCGUGACGUUGGCGUGGACAAGUUGGCGAGUAGCAGCGUGUCUUCGAAGCUGAAGGGGCUCAUCAACCUCCUCCCUUACGCGGACUUUGACUUGUCAGAGGCGGCGUUUGAUGACAUGGACGACACGACGGAAGGCAUGUACACCCUCAUUGCAAUGAUUGAAGCAACAGUUGAAGAGCACAAGGGCGUGUUGCUGCCUGGUGCAUUUAGCGCGUGGGCAAUUGCGUUCACAGAGAAGAUUGCAUCAGCGCUGGAGACCAAGAUCAUCGGAGGGAAAUACAACUUGCUCGGUGGCCUGCAGUUGGAGAAGGACAUGACGGAGCUGUCGACCCGCGUGUCGGAUGCGGUGAUGUGGCCCGUGACAGACCGCUUCCAUCGCAUCAACCGCAUGUGUCUGCUCCUCACGCUCGACCGCGUGCACGCCGUGUACGACUACUACGAUGCUGGUGCUGCCAACUGGAACCUCUCCCCAGAUGAGGUUGUCUCCAUCCUCACGCGAAGAGUUGACUUUGAUGCUGAGGACCUGGACAAGUUGAAGAUAUGAGAGAUGACGAUGAGCACGUGUGAUUGUGUUGUUUUCAUGCGAUAACA